CUGCAGAUCAAACCCUAUAAAACUCUCUACUUCAGAAAAAAAUGGAACGGCGUUUACCGGAUCUUCCUCAUGAGAUCAUCUAUGACAUACUCUCAAGACUGCCCGUCAAGCCUCUGUGCCGUUUCAAAUCGGUUUCCAAGCCAUGGCUUGCUCUAGUUACCGAUCCCCAAUUCAUCAAAUCACACCUCAAUCAUCAAUCCACAAACCACAAGAAGCUAUUAGUCCACUCUCUCACUUCUCCCUGUACCUGUUCCGUAGACUGCCAGGCACCCGACCACACUGUAGCCGAGCUCGAAAUGCCCGGUAAGCCUGGUUUCCGAUUUCUGGGUUCAUUCAAUGGAAUCUUACUCUUACAUACUGGUAAUAUAUUAUGUUUAUGGAACCCAUCAAUUAGAGUGUAUCAGCAAAUUUCACGACCUGAGUUGAGUAAGUUCCCACAUGCCCGCAUAUUGUAUGGGCUCGGUUAUGACUCCAUAAGUGACGAUUUCAAGGUGGUUAGGGCUAUUACUAUUAGGCCUCCAAGUUCUGACCCUCUUAUUGUUCAUGUGUUCUCUUCUAAACUAAAUUCAUGGAAGAGGUGGACAGCAGACUUCAAUUACGAUAUUUGGGGAAACGGGUUGGGAACUGUUCUGAAUGGGGCACCGCAUUGGGUUUGGCAUCGCAGCUAUCUAAAUACCUUUUUCCCUUCUAACCAAGAAAGUGUGAUUGUUUGUUUUGAUGCUACUGAGGAGAAAUUCAAGGAGGUGCCCAACCCUAAUUAUGAAGGUGAGGAUACUCGUAUUCACUUGGGGGUUUGGGGAGGAUGUCUUUGUGUGGUUGAGGAGCAUCGAAAGAGACUCGAUAGUCAUGCCAAUUUUUGGGUAAUGAAGGAAUACGGCGCAAAGGAUUCUUGGACCAAAUUGUUUGUCGUACAAAGUGUUCCAGGAGAGUUCUUUUUCCAAAACUUAAAGCUGUUGUGUGACACAAAGGAUGGAGAGGUUGUAAUGGUGUUGAAUUUUUGUUGCUUGGUAGUCUAUAACCCAAAACAAAGUAGAUAUAAGAGGAUUCCAAUCCCUCAGUCUUGCGAUCAGUACCGGUUUCGUGUAGGUUUUUAUACGGAGAGUCUUGUUUCACCCGGUGGCUGCAAUGGGACUAGAAGGCUCCCUUAAUCAGAUGGAAAUGGAGGAGAAACUGGUUUCAAACACAGCAUAAGAGGGUGGGGGUUUUGUGAGAAAACAGAGGUGGGAGUAGAAUAUCCUGUAUCAUACGAAGGCACAACAAAUCCACGCUUUUUCCACUUUCUUCCUGCUACCCUCUCUCUCCUCUCAGCGCCGAAGAAAGACCCAAAAAAAUACCCUUAAAACUCUCUUGCUAGAAAUGCAACGGGGACUACGCAAUCUUCCUGAUGAGAUCAUCUUCAACAUACUCGCAAUACUACCCGUCAAGCCUCCGUGCCUUUUGUUUUAAUGCUAAUGAGGAGAAAUUCAAGGAGGUGCCGCUACCUAAUUAUGAAUGUGAGUAUAAACUUAUUGGCUUGGGAUUUUGGAUGAAUGGCUGUGUGUGGCUCAGAAUGUGGGGAUGGUACUAUUGAUGUUUGGGUCAUGAAGGAAUACAGCGUCAAGGAAUCUUGGACCAAGUUGUUUGUUGUGCCAAAUGGCCUUUGCGGCUUAUUUAUGCCUUUGUGUUAUGCAAAUGAUGGAGAGGUUGUAGUGGUGUUGGAUUGGGAGGAGUUAGGCAUCCACAACCCGAAAAGAAAUAGAUACAUGUGGAUUGGGAUCCCACAGGAUAGCGGGCUGUUUGACGUGGCUUUCUAUGUGGAGACUCUUGUUUCACCUCAUGGUGGCACUUGCACUAAAAGGUCCUGCUAAUUAGAUGGACUUGGAGAGAAAGAGGUAAUUCAAAGGAUUCCGUUCUUUAUUUUCCUCAUUCUUUCUCUCUCCAUAUGUAGUUUGAAACAAUAUAUACAUAAUACGUGCUUACCAUUAUUUUAAGCGGGAUAUGUUUGGCAAAACUGUAGAAUAAUAGCUAUACAUCUAUGAUUACCAUUUACCAGUAUAACUCAUACAAGUUUAGUUUAAUUCUUUCUUUCAAUAUUCAUGUAGGAAUGAAGUCAUAAGUACAAUGGGGGAUAUGUAAUGAGAUGAGUGAUAUAAUGAGAUGAGUGUUUGUCUCUCUCUCCAUCAGAGUGACAUGACAAAGACUACUCGGAUUUGUGGAUUUUAGAUAUUAGAACCGUGUUCUCUUACCCAUUUUGGGUUGCUGCAAUUGAUGCCUAUGGUAACUCAAACAAUUAGGGUCAGGAACUACAUUACUACAUGGAUUGUGAGACACAUUGGAAUUUUGUAUUUUCUUUGGGCUCUAACUUGUACUGAACAUGGAGCUACUACAUUAAGUGAAAGCGUAGUUGUCGUGUAUAUAAGCAUUUUCGAAACCUUCUCAUGUGCAAGCCUCUUAUCAAAGUCAUGUUUUAUCCAAGUGUUUACGUCGAGUGUAUUGUGUUAGUUGCAGCAUUGAGUAUGGAAUUGGAUUGGGAGCGGGCAUUGCAGUUGCAAGCCCACAGAGGGGAUGUCCUUUGUGGUGUGAUAGCACUGUGUGGUUGUGUUCAAUACUCACUAUUAGGUGAAUAAAAUCCCCUCAAGGUAUCCGAUACUUUCUGUUUUGUGAUUCAAUGCUCUCGCAAAUGUAAUGCAUCAGAGUUGAUGGAAAAUGGCGACGUCCAUUAAGAGUGUAUAAAAGCCUUGGACAGGAUGGUUCAAUUUGGCACAAGUAACAAAUGUUCUCUCA